AACCAAACACUGCUAAGUGUUACAGUUGAGGUCAACCCGAACACGAUGACGAACAUGAACGCGUACACGAUAUUAAGACUCUGUUGCAAAGCUCACAAUCCCAGAGCCAAAAUCUCAACUUGUACACGACCCAAUCUCGCAAUUCAAAUACUCUUUCUGGGUCUUUGUUCCUCUUUUAUCCCUGCAUCGUGUUCAGUAUCAAACCGGAAGCCACCACCUCUUCCAAUUUUACCCCUCCCAAGCGCAUUUCAGCUCCAAUGGCAACUGGGAAACAUGGCCCUCUUCAUCCACUUCGGAAUGAACACAUUCUCCGACUCAGAGUGGGGUUCCGGCCACGUCCACCCUUCCACCUUCAACCCCACCAAACUCAACGCAUCUCAGUGGAUAAGGGUCGCAAAAGAUUCUGGCUUUUCUCGAGUAAUCAUUACCACUAAACACCACGACGGUUUCUGCUUGUGGCCUUCUGAUUACACCCAUUAUUCCGUCCGUUCCAGCAAAUGGAAAAAUGGGAACGGCGACGUCGUCGCCGAGCUCGCCGCCGCCGCCAAGGACGCCGGCGUCGGAGUCGGAAUUUACCUUUCUCCUUGGGAUCGACACGAGCCUUCAUUCGGUGACUCUCUGCGGUAUAACGAGUUUUAUUUGGCCCAAAUGACCGAGUUACUCACUAGGUAUGGAGAUAUAAAGGACGUUUUUCUGGAUGGUGCAAAAGGAGAAGGGGAGAAGGACAUUGAAUAUCUCUUUGAAAGUUGGUUUUCUCUGAUUCACCAGCUCCAACCAGGGGCCACUAUUUUUAGUGAUUCAGGCCCUGACAUAAGGUGGGUUGGAAAUGAAAAUGGUGUUGCUGACUCCACGUGUUGGUCUCUUUUCAACAGGACUGCCGUUGGAAUUGGUGAUGCUGACAAUGAUCAAGAAUACCAAAUGAAGGGAGACCCAGAUGGUCCUGAUUGGGUACCUGCUGUGUGUGAUGUCUCUAUAAGACCUGGUUGGUUUUGGCAUGCUUCAGAACUUCCAAAGUCUGCUAAGAGUCUUCUUGAGAUAUACUAUAAAUCUGUCGGUCGAAACUGUCAGCUGUUUCUGAAUGUGCCUCCAAACACCUCAGGUCUGAUUUCAUCUGAGGAUAUCCAAGUGCUUAAAGAAUUCAGUGAACUUCGAAGGUCGAUAUUUUCGCAUAAUUUGGCUACAAACGCUCUUGUUAAUGCCAGCAGCACAAGAGGAGGAAUUCAAGACUCUCCCUUUAGUCCUCACAAUGUUCUUGAAGAAGGUAUGCACACAUAUUGGGCUCCUGAAGAAAACAAAUCAAAAUGGGUAUUGUACAUAAAUCUCCAAGAACAAGUAUCCUUCAAUGUUCUGCAAGUGCAAGAGCCUAUUUACAUGGGACAACGUGUGAUUGAGUUUCACCUUGAGGCUUUGCACCAAGAUGGUUUAUGGAAGAGAGUUAUAACUGCCACAACAAUUGGAUACCAGAGGCUGUUGCUGUUUCCUAAACUACAAUGUCAGCAUUUGAAGCUUGUUGUUGACAAGUCACGUGCAGACCCAUUGAUAUCAUACAUAGGAAUCUACAUGGAUUCAGUUACCGUUUUGAGUGAAGUAUCUGAUGUAAAAUCAUUGGCCUAUUUCAAUGCAAGCCUAGUUCGUCACAAUACUACAUACAACAACAAUUCCCCAAUUGCUGCAAUGUAAUUUUUUUUUGUAAUUGUAAAAUUUGAAAACAUUUUUUCGUGGCUAAUACACACUAAAUUUCUUUGCUCCU